UUUCCACGUGUGCUUAUACAGAAUGGUGCGAAAGCUGCGAGGGCCGGUAAAGAAAGAGAGCAAGGGGGAGAAGCGACAGAGGCGACUUUACAACACUGAGGGGAAGCAGAGGAUACUGACGGUGGCCGUGCCUGUUCUUCUGGGGCUGUUGUUCCUGCUGGUGGUGCUUCUUUGGUGGAAGAGCUCUUCCUCCUAGCCUGAGAGGAGGGGAGAGAGGGGAAGAGACUAGUUGUACACCUACAGUAGAUUACAGGCAGUGUUUGCCGUGUGGUCGUCAUGGAUAGCAAAACUGUCAGCAAGAUUGCCAGCGAUCCUCGCUUCGCUCACAUUCUCUCUGACCCAAGGUUCAAGACCAUUCCACGCCGGGUCAGGAAGGUCAAGAUCGGGUCUCGGUUCCAGUCCAUGUUCACUGAUAAGAAAUUCCGAGUCAAUUAUGGAGUUGAUAAGAGAGGUCGCAAGGUUCACGAGAGCUCUGCCGAAGACAUGCGAAGAUACUAUCAUCUCUAUGACGACGGUGACAAGAAUGCUACUCCACACAAGAAAGAACAACAGAAGAAGAAGAAGAGAUUGACAAAGAUUGUUGCUAAGGGUGAUGUUUCUAAAGUGGGAGGAGCUGUUGAUGAUGGUAUCGGAGAAGACCACACCCACCAUAGUGGGAGUGAUGAAGAGGAAGUGUCAUCCGAAGACAGUGGGGCGGAGUCAGACACCUCAACUGAUGUGGAGGAAGUGACGAGUCUGAAGGAGCCAGAGAUAGUACAUGGUUGGUGGGAGGAGGAGGUAACACCCACCGUUUCCGUGGAGACGGGCUCGCGACUGGCUCUCUGUAGGAUGGACUGGGACCGUGUCAAUGCCACUGACAUAUUUGGUAUCCUACAUGCUCCUACUGGUCUCUUAAUAGCUUCUAUUAUAUCUCGCUCCAAACUUUCGUCUUUCCCCCUUACUUGCUCAAAACUUGUAAGUGUUAAGAACAGAAAGAUAAGGCAAGCUCUGUACCACUUCUCUUUGUUAGCACAGUAUUUUGCUGCAGCUUUCACAAUAAUCAUGAUGUUCUAAUUGAAGAGUGCUCAAAUAUUCUCUCUAUCUCUGACAGUGUUCCUCUCAUCGUUCAAGCCUCAAGGCGGCUCCAUCACAAGAGUGUCUGUCUUCCCGAGUGACUUUGGACUCCGGAGAAUGAAAACUGAGGACUUGCAGGGCCCGGCCGAGCUCCUCGACCAAUCAAAUUGCUCCGCUGCCGAGGAGGAGGCGUCUCGGGAGGGGUGUGGCUAUUCUAACGAGCGUCUGAGGCAGUACCAGCUGCAGAGACUCAACUACUACUAUGCUGUAGUUGAGUGUGACUGCACAGGCACAGCUGAACACAUCUACGAGGAGUGCGACGGACUUCAGUAUGAGCACUGCGGGGGAAAGCUGGACCUCAGAUUCAUUCCUGAUGACAUGAUGUUUGACGAGCGAGAGCUGACGUCGGUUGUCACGGAGACAAGUGUUCCAGUUGGAUACACCCCUCCAGAUUUUGUGACGGCAGCUCUCCAGCAGUCUAAGGUUCAUUUGACGUGGGAUGAAACUGAUCCAAAACGACUGCAAACCACUAUGAGAAAGUUCUCACGUGAUGACAUGCUAAAGAUGGACUUUGACGCCUACCUUGGUUCGUCCAGCGGUAGUGACAGUGGCAGUGAGUGUGGCACCCCAGGGGAGGGGGGUGCGGAGCCAAACCGGGACCACACAGGGACCAAACUGAGCCACAGAGUUGCCAAGUAUCGUUCUCUACUGCGGGGAGACGGAGAGGAAGAUGAGGGAGAGGAAGAGGGAGAGGUAAUGGAGGUGUCCUGGGAGCCGGGACUGAGGGAGGAGGUGAAGGAGAGGGUGAGAGAAAACACAGGAGAAGGAGGAACGACUUGGGACCAGUACCUUCGAGAAAGAAAGAAAAAGAAGAAGAAAGAGGGUAACCAUGGUGAUGAGGAAACAACUCAUGGUGACCAUGGCAAUGAGCAGAGUGACCUCGGAUUUGACGACCCAUUCUUCAGCGAGGAUGUUGCCAUGACAAUGAGCGAGAAGCCAGGGAAGAGCAAGAGGAGGUCAAAGAAGGCAGUAGUGGAGGGAGAUGAACAGAAUAAGAGUGAGUUGGAGUUGCUGAUGAUGGAGGAAGAAGGACAGAAAGAUAGGGCUCACUUCUCUCUUGACGCCAUCCUCCAGUCGGAGGAAAAAGCAGGGAAAAAACGUCGCAAGAGAAAAGAAACUUCACAGGUCCAACCGGUCAAGGACUCAUUUGAAGUUGACGUGAAAGACACUCGGUUCAGUGCUCUCUACAGUAGCCACGAGUUUGCUCCUGACCCCUCCCACCCCCACUUCAGGGCUACAAAAGCAAUGUCUGCAAUAAUGGAAGAGAGGAGGAAGAGGAGAGAAAGGGGUGGAGCCAUGGGACCAGAGACCACGCCCACUAAUCAAGAAGUGGGCAGUGCACUCAAGGACCCAAGUGUUGCUAGGUUGGUGAAGGCCGUGAGGUCAAAGUCCAAGUCGUUCAACAGCCGAAGAGAGAAAAUGAAGGCGAAGAGGAAACAUCUGAUUUGACCACACCCCUUUGAAUCUCCAAGACCUUUUCAUCUUCUGUUUCUGUAUAACUAUUAGCAAUAUUUCUUUGAGGAGA